UUGAGAUUCGCGGCGCGCACUCGAGGCCUCGCAUCUCCUGCGGACUCGCCGGCGAACGCUUCCUUCUUUGGAGAUGCCGCCCGCCACCGCGGCGGCGGCGCGCUGUCCCCUCCUCCGGCGGGCUCCGGCGGCACUCCGUGGCGCUCUAUCCCGCUCAGGCAUGGCGCGGCGUCUGGUGGCAGCGAGCGCUGGGGGCGGCGGGCGGGCGCCAGCGUACGGCGGGCUGCUGCUCGACGCCGGCGGCACGCUGCUGCAGGUAGCGCGGCCGGUUGCCGAGACCUACGCCUCCAUCGGCCGCCGCUACGGUGUGACGAAGCCUGAGAAGGGCAUCAUGGAGGGGUUCAAGCGGGCCUUCUCGGCGCCAUGGCCGAAGACGCUCAGGUACCAGGGAGAUGGGAGGCCAUUCUGGAGAAUUGUCGUAGCAGAAGCAACCAAUUGCACUGAUGAUGAUUAUUUCGAAGAAGUGUAUCAGUACUAUGCCCAUGGAGAUGCUUGGUGUUUGCCUGAUGGAGCAGACACAAUACUUCGUGAGCUGAAGGAUGCUGGAGUUAAGCUAGCUGUUGUAUCUAACUUUGAUACAAGGCUAAGGAAAUUGCUUAAGGACCUCAAUGUCUCUGAUAUGUUUGAUGCCAUUGUGGUAUCAUCAGAGGUUGGGUACGAGAAACCUGCUCCAGAGAUCUUCAAGAUAGCAUUAGAUCAAAUUGGUGUGGACGCCAGCAAGGCAGUGCAUGUAGGAGAUGAUGAAACUGCAGACAAGGCAGGUGCAAAUGGUAUAGGACUUGAGUGCUGGCUGUGGGGUGCUGAUCUGAAGACAUUUUCUGAGAUUCGGUACCGGAUUCUAACAGAUGAUCAAUGAGUGCGGAUUUGGCAUGUUUGUGGCCACGUCACGGCAGCCCUUUUUUUUUCACCCCAAAAUCGUCCAUUGUUGACCUUUCCAUUCUGCGUUCGAUGAAAGUUUUUUUUUUAUCUUGCCCCUACUUUGAAGUGCAAUUGUAUUUUUACCCCCAUUUUUUGAACUUUGUGAUUUUGCCCUCACCUAUUCACAAGUCAAUGCGAUUUUGCCCUUGGUCUUUGCGUAUUUGCCCCUGUUUUGACCAUUGACUGGGGGUAAAAUCGCAUUGACUUGUGAAUAGUUGGGUCAAUGCGAUUUUGCCCUUGGUCUUUGCGUAUUUGCCCCUGUUUUGACCAUUGACUGGGGGUAAAAUCGUAUUGACUUGUGAAUAGUUGGGUAAAAUCACAAAGUUGAUAAAAUGAGGGCAAAAUCAUAUUUACACUUCAAAGCAGGGGUAUGAACACAAAUGCCCCUUCACGAAAUAAGCUAAUCGUAUGAAUAAAAGUACUGUUGACUGUCAUACAGCGAUGAAAAAAUAGAGUUGAUGAGCAAAUGAGUGAUGAGUCAUCAGUCAUGAGUUCUGGCUAUGUAAUUUGCAAGUAAAUAUUAUUAUUUUUAAGCAUGAACCGGUGACACAAA